AUGGAUUCCAAUACUAAACUCAACGGAAGACUUUCCUAUCCUCAAGAGUUGGAGUCUGAUGAUAUCGGGCCGUUCUUCAAUGUCCGAUCGUUAACUACCAGAAGCAAUGAUUAUCAAGCUGAUACUCCUCAGACGACGUAUAGACCAGGAAUGUACCUCCAGUUAGCUCUAAGGACAGAACGGCUGUCCAACCAACUGAAGAGUAAACUCUAG